AUGGCCGGGCUGCUGCGGGGCCGCCCGGGGCUGCCGACCCCGCCCGGAAGCGGCGCCGGGCCCGGCGGGAGUCGCGGGCUGCGGGGGGCGAGCGGCGCCGCCAGCCCGGCCCGCCUCGGCCCCGCGGGGGGCUCUGCACCGCGACGCACCGCGCGCGCCCGCCCGCCAAUCAGCGCGCAGGAACCCGCUGACUGUGCCCGGCGGCUGAGAGUCCCUGCAGAUUUCGGCAAACGCGUGUACCAAGGGGUGCGAGUGAAGCACACGGUCAAGGAUCUCCUGGCUGAAAAGCGAUCCCGGCAGAGCAGCGGCUCCCGCUUCAGCGGCAGCACCAGCACGGCACAGUCACCCUUUGGCCAAAUGCCAGGCUCUCCCAGCACCGCUGGUUACUACGGCGUGCGCAGACCCUUCCCACCCGAGCUGGAUUUCCACGGCACCAAGCAGUUUGGCAGCGAUGCCUACCCCUCCCCUCUGGCCUCCAAGCCCUUCUCCUGCGACCCCUCUGCCCCCCAGGGCUGCCCAGCCCUCCUGGAGCCCUAUCUCAGCGAGCAGUUUGGGGAUCACCGUGCUGCUCCUCCUCCUCUCCCGGCUGCCACCAGCUCCUUCUUCAGCGCUCCAGCCGUGCCCCCUCUGCUGCCAUCCUUCCCCAGUGACACGGGACACUUCCUGCUCAGAGAGCCCUGGGAGCAGCCCUCACCCGAGAGCCUUGGCCAGCCUGACAGCGCCUGCUCGGAGCCCCUGCAGGCGCUCCCUGCCACCUCCAGCUGCCUCUCCCUGCCCGAACCCGGAGCUGCUUCCCCGUUCCGAGGCUCAGGUUGGAGCCCAGCCCUCCCUGGAGCCCAGGCCUACCCUCUGCACCCCCUUGAAGACGCUCACUACUCCCCCAGCUACGCUGCCACCUCGCCCUACAGCCUGUCCCCGUUCAUGGCUGUGGCCAGCGAGCCCUCCAGGAUGAGCCACCUGUGCCCAGAGCCACCCUCGGAGCCACCACACCUUCCCGAGCACUCUGCCUGGGCCAAAGAGGAUGGAAGUGCCCUCUGGGGGACUUAUGAAGGCAGGAGAACUUACUGA